AUGUGGGUGAAACCAUCCGAAGUUUUGGUCACAGGAUUUUGGUCGACUGAUCGAGCAAAUCCUUAUUUUGCGUUACAACGUCGUCGAGGUCAUGAUGAGGAACAUGGUGGUUUUACCAGUAUGUUCGUCGCGACGCUCGAUUCUGUAUUUGACAGCAAAACGAAUCGGUAUCGUAUUCUCCAUCAACGACCGGAUUCCGAAGUUUAUCAUUUAAUUGCUGAAGCCGAUACCAAAGAAGAAAUCGAAGAGCAUUGGCAAUGGCUGGAAGAGCAUAUGAUGCCUGCACUUGGAAAAAUCGACGGUGGGGUUGAUGUCACAGAUUAUGUUCAAUCCAAAAUCAAAAGUUUAUGCGCACAAGCUGACGAAGAUGAAAUCGAUGAUUUCGAAUCAGACAAAUUCAAAAACGCCACAAAAAAGUUUCAUAAAUUAUUCAAUGUUCCCGCUGAUGAAAAACUCGUCACAUAUUAUGCCUGUUCAUAUUGGCGUGGUCGUGUGCCUCGACAAGGUUGGCUGUAUCUGUCCGUGAAUUAUUUAUGUUUUUAUUCAUAUUUACUUGGCAAGGAUAUCACGAUCGUAUUGAAAUUUACUGACAUAACUUCAUUGGAACGUUUACAAGCAUAUGUGACUGAAACAAUUCGUGUCGGCACACGAUUUCAUGUACAUGACUUUUCGAUGUUUCGAAAUAUUGAAGAAACAUAUCAAAUGAUGGAACAGUUGGCUAAUUUUGCAGCGAAAAAGUUAUUAUCAGAAAAAGGUGCUUUUCGUGAAGAAGAAUUUUUUCCAGUUGUUACAAAGAAAACCGCUCCGAAAGUGAUCUCCCAACUGAAACGUGAUCUCGAUGCAAAAACACGCAGCGAACUCUAUCGUUGUCGAUUUCGUUUACCAUCAAACGAACGAUUAGAUGGUGAAGUUACCUGCCAACUGUGGACACCCUACAAUCAGUCGCACGUUUCCGGUAAACUUUACAUCUCAACAAAUUUUGUCUGCUUUGCUAGUCGAGUUUAUCAUCAAGUGAAUUUAAUCAUUCCAUUUCGUGAUAUCAAUCUUGUCGAAAAGAAGUCUGAUCAAGCGAUUAAGUCGGAGAUUGAUAUGGAUUCAGCAAUAUUUAUAGCAAUGAAGCAAGAAGGAGGAAAAUUCGUGUUUUCACAAUUCGAUGAUCGAGAAUUUGUUUUCAAUAAAUUAUCGCAGAUGUUAUCACAAUACCAGGAAGUUCUACCACCGAGUGUUGAACCACCUACAAUCGAACUUUCUAUACCUCUUUAUUUGCAAUUUAAUAGUAAUUAUACCGAUGAACGCUUAGCAGUUGAGAAGAGCAAGGAGGCUUCGUGGAAUACACAUUUUCUCAAUUAUGGAAGACCAUUGAUCAUGUAUCGAACGAACGAGCUGUACGAGUUAAUCUUUCAAGGUAUACCCGAUUCAUUACGAAAUGAACUGUGGCUAGUGUUCAGUGGUGCAAUACAUGACAAAGCGGCAAAUCCAAACGUUUAUUUGAAAUUAGUUCAUGAAUCAUCGCUUGUUAAAGCGAUUCAUGGUUCAACGAACGAUGAAAUUGAACGUGAUCUCUACCGAGCUUUACCUGAUCAAAAAGCUUUUCAACAGGAAUCAGGUAUCAGCGCUCUAAGAAGAUUAUUAAGAGCAUAUGCUUGUCAUAAUACCGAUGUUGGUUACUGUCAAGCAAUGAACAUUAUCGGCGGAGUUUUGUUACUCUAUAUGAAUGAAGAAGACGCAUUUUGGACAUUAGCAGCACUAUGUGAACGACUUUUGCCGGAUUAUUACAACACAAAAGUUGUUGGCGCGUUGAUUGAUCAAGGCGUGUUCAACGAUUACUGCAAUGAAUAUCUACCGAAUUUAUAUGAGAAAUUAAAAAAUCUAGGUGUUGCUGCUUGCAUCAGUCUUUCGUGGUUCUUAACCUUAUUUAUCUGUGUUAUGCCGUUUGAAUCUGCACUCUAUGUUAUGGAUAUAUUCUUCUAUGAUGGUAUUAAAGUUCUUUUUCAGUUAGCUUUGACUAUAUUAAAAGAAAAUGAAGAACGAUUAUUGGAAUGUCAAGAUGACGGAGACGCGAUUAUGGUUUUAACAGGUUACCUAGAUGGAAUAACUGAUGAUAAUGAGAGCGAAAAGAAAAUCAUCAGUUUAAUUAAACAGUCCUAUAUGAAUUACAAUCGUAUCAACGAAGAAGAUAUCAAUCGCUUACGUCUGAAGCAUCGUCUAAAGGUCGUCCAGACCAUGGGAGAGACUAUUUUACAAUCAGCCGCAAAGAAUACGUUGAAAUAUACAUUAUUUAAUGAAGAUCAAAUCAAAGAUCUUUUUUAUGUUUUUCGAGAUGCAUCGCGUAUAUCAUUGAGUGAAACUAGUGAUCCAAGAAAAUUGCCUUAUGAAACAUAUCGUAUCGGUCGAGCGGAUUAUCUACUUUUAUGUAAAUAUCUAUCCCCGUGGUUCAUUGGUGAACAUCCGGAGGACUUGGCGAACACAUUGUUUGAUGCACUUUGCACGUCGACAAAUUCGAAUGAAAUGGAUUUUAUUAAUUUUAUUCGUUUAUGGAAUAUUCUACUAAAUGAAGAUUUUAAAGAGAAACUAAAACUUUUAUUUGUUAGUCACCUCAAAGACGAAAAACGACGAAGCACAGCUGUUGCAAGUUUACUAGAAUUGCCAUCCGCACAUCUAACACCGCUAAACAUACCUCCUAAACAAGAAGAUUCAUCUGUAUCAACUGAAGAACAGUUAACAACCGAUGAAGUCAAAGAAGCAGAGAAUCCUAAGCCUAAACCAAGUCAACUACCGUUGAUGAAUCAAACUGAAUUCAUACAUUUAUGCAAAUCCAUGUACAAUUUAAUGACAAGCGACACUGAUGAUGAAGAUCUCCUCCGAGCAUUGACCACAUCCAGCACGAUUCUCCUAAAAACAGGCGAAAUGAGUAAACCUUAUCGAGGAUUAGAAACCGAAGGUUCGCAUUCGGAAGAGACAACUAACGAGUGGACACUCAGCUUUGAACAAUUAGAAGGACCUAUGAACGCCGAAACAUCGAUAGUGACAUGGUUCGAAACGAAUAGUCAACAGCAAUCGCUUGAACAGCGUAUUCAUAAUUACAAUCAGGAUUUUCUUCAUUAG